AGAACGUGAGAUCACAUCCGGGGUCUGGUGAAAGUUGAGUCUCCGCCAUUGCAGCUAGAAGCGUCUCCGCUAUAUUCAUCAAGAGUCAUCCAUCUGUCCGCAGAGGGAAACCAAUUAAUUCUCACACACGUAGAUUCAACAGAGUCGCAUGUCAAUCCAGAACUUAAAUACAUAUGACCCCUUUGCUGAUGCAGCACGUGGGACAGACGAGGGUGUCCAGGAUGGCCUUGUGCAUAUAAGAAUACAGCAGCGCAAUGGCCGAAAGACGCUCACAACGGUACAAGGUCUUUCUUCAGACUAUGAUCUGAAGAAGAUUGUCCGUGCCUGCAAAAAGGAAUUUGCAUGCAACGGCACAGUAGUUGAACAUCCUGAAUACGGCGAAGUGAGUGAAACCUUUGUUGACCUUUAAGAAAGCAUGUGUGAG